AUUACUGAUUGUUUGCUUAAUGUCAUUUCUAGCAACAACAACAGUUACAACACUUCCCACAACCACGACAACACCACCUACAACAACAGGUAAGUUCUUGAAGAUUGAAAGCUUAUAAAAUCAAUUAAUUUUUCAGUAAAUUUUCCUGAUCACGUAUACCCAAGUGACCCGUCAUGAACGGCUGUUACGAUUGAGAGGGUCCAGAUCUGGAUCCUAUUUCCCAGCGCACCUUUUUUUAAACACCAUUUCCCAACCACUUUUUGACCAAAUCCUAGUUUUAACUGAAAACUUUAUAUCAAAUAUUUUAUUGUGCGGGUUAAAAACUUUCAGACACCCACUUUAAGUGAUUUGGUAACUUUUCACCGACUACAUUCCUGCUCGACACAUUCUCAUAUACUUAUUUUCCUUCCAAGCGGCGAGAAUGGUCAUUAUAUCCUCUUGACCAACACCGCAUGAUUUACGGUGUUACUAAUGUUGUCAACAGUGUAAUUGCAGUAGUAUGGAAUGAUGGAAGGUGAAAACAACAGCAUACUAAAACUCCAUAUUUCCUCAGCUGUUGAGUUGAUAAGACGAAAUGAAUGAAUGAAUGAUUUAUUUGCCACACACAUCGUAUUAUUAAAAUUUACAUAAAUUUCACGAUUGAUUGUUAUAGCCAAUCAGAAAUCAUGGAUUCUUUCAAAUAAAUUAUAUUCAGUUUAAGUGAUCCUAAUAUUUUGUAUAACUUUUCACUGGCUAAAUUUUUGCUCGUCUCUGGACAAUUCGUAAAUAGACCACCUUCACAUGACUUAUCAGUUCUCAUGUUUUACGGUGUUACUAAUAUUGUCAAUAGUAUAGCGAGCUAUUUUUUGUCGUGAAGGACUGCUAUAAUUAAGAGGAUCCAGACUGUGAGUCUGGAUCCCAGUUCCCAGCGUACCAUAUAAUACUCGUAUGACUAAUGCGUUGCAUGAUGUACUAAUUAUAAAUGCAACAGUAUCACUGAAUGAUAGAAGGUGUAAAGUUAGCGAGAAAUUUUAUUCUGGUCAUUUACUGACAGUUUAAUUAAUAUUAUUUCCAGCAACGGCAACACCAGCAGGAAAUAUGACAACAGGUAUUAGUACUUUAAAAUUGAAAGCUUUUAUAAAAUAAAUUAACUCUUCAGAAUAUCUUCCUGAUCACUCCGCGUAUAUCCCGAUGAAAAGUAUUGUUCUCGUAGCUGGUCCUGAAGAGUGGUCUACAUCCCCAUUCCUAGCCCCCGUGUUUCUAAACCCAAUUUCCCAGCGCUUUUGACCAAAUCUCAACUUGAGCAGGUGUUUCACCAAUUUGUUGAGUUUUAAAACACAAUAGUCUGCAUUCAAUAUCUAUCUGUAGUCUUUCUGUAACAUACCAAGGAAAUCACUGAUUCGCAGUAGCAUAAAGUUAUAUGACUUCGGACCGGAAAAGGGAAGAAUACAGUCUUACAAGAAACUUUAAUUUGGACAAACUUUCAAUUAAACCCUAAAGUUAUUUAAUCUUUGAAAAGUUGAAUUAUAGAAUAAUAUUUAUUGUUAUAUAUCAAUAGUCAAAGUCGCAUUUUUCUAGUGUUUUAUUGGUUGAGAGUAUAUCACGUGAGAGUGACGAAAUUAGGCUGUCUCUCUCGCAACAGCGCGAGAGGGAGAUAAUACGUUAUCGACCGGCGAAUAACAAAAAAAAUCACGUGCGCCAUCACGUGAAGGUGCGACUUUUGGACAUGCUUAGCACGUGAUUAAGAGGGCGUUUCUGUAAGAGCAGACCACUGGAUCUGACCUUCAAAAAUAGAUUUCUCUUAUAUUUCUACCGUCGAUACUCUCAUCUAUCCUAACUACGAAACUGGAGUUAAGAUCGUUCUAACGUGGUUUUUACAACCGCUAUGCGAGUUUUUGUCCCAGGACCCAAGUUAAUUAAAAUAUGGCGGUUUCUGAAUUUGCCGAAGCCUACAAUCACAGUCCGCUUUCUCUAUUUUCUCUGCGAAUCAGAGCUUCGUUUUCAGCUCUGAGCUGCACUAGAGUGGUCUUUCUACAAAGAAACAGUGACAUAUAGCUGUUUAGUUGCACCCUUCAACGCAUGAUAUCAAAUUCGAGAAUUAUAGGUCCUAAAACAUUGCAUAAUUCUCAUUUGUGGCACCUGCCCAGGUUCUAAAUCGCUUUUUAACUUUGAAAUAGGAUGCUAUUCCAUACAUCUACACAAUAAAAUUUGCGGCACAUUGUAUUUCUAAGAAAUCAGGAAGUUGACAAUUUUUGCAUUUUUUAGCUAUAUUUCUGCGUGUGACACAAGAAUCGGAUCAAAAUACUAUCAAAAUUAAGAGAAAAGUGAGACGAAUCCAUUCGUAUACGGCCGAAAAAGAGAAAACUAACAGCACGAAAGUUAUCAAGGAUCAAACCUACUGCAUUUUUAAUUAGUUCUAAUAAUUUUGAGCGAUUUGUCAAUUGUCAACAAUACAGUUUCGCUUGACUUUCAAAGGCCAUAAAUCGCUAGAAUACUGCUAUUUUGUAAUGAAUUUGGCUUUCGUAAGUACAAUUUCGUACGCUGAUUCGAACGACGGUAUUUUUGUCCUCGUUGAGUCACUUGGGUGCAUAAAACCAGACCGUCUGCCGUGGUAGCUGUGAUAAACUUAGCACGGAGCGACGGACAACGCAAUUUUGCAAAAGGGUUGUGCUCUCAUCGCAUGAAUGUGCUUUCAAUUUCACAUAUUGGGGUACUUAUAAUAUAGAAUAAUGAAAAAAAAUUCCUGAACUCAAAUUUUGUGAACCAGGGGAGGGGGGUGUCUUUUCAAACAAACAAACUGGCUUGCGCACAAAAUUUAAAUGUUGUAAUCAUAUUUUGAGUUUAUAGAUGGAACAUUUGUUGGGUUUUUAAUUACUGUACAAAAUUUCAGACAAUUUGCAUUAGUGUAAGCCCUUUAACUAUUAGCGCAAACUUACAUUUUUUCCUAAAAAAUCAGCUAUUUGCAUGCUUAAUUUAAUUAAUGCCUUUGCCUAAUUUGCAUAUGUCAGCAAUAUGCAAAUUAGGCAAAGGCAUUAAGUAAGCAUGCGAAAGGCUGAUUUUUUAGGAAAAAAUGAAUAGUUAAAGUCUUAAACUAAAGCAAAUUGUCUGAAAUUUUGUACAUUAAUUAAAAACCUAACACAUUUUCCAUCUAUCAACUCAAAAUAUGAUUAAAGCUUUUAAAUUUCGUGCGCAAGCCAUUUUUAUUUUGUUUUCAUUAUUCUACAUUAUAAGUACCCAAGGAAGCUAUAUACAUAAAAAACUCGAUACUAAUAGCUGUUUUGCGAAAUUGAGAGCAAUUUCAAAUCUGCGCAGUUUUUUUAUACACCCUAGCCCCCGCGAGUUACUAACGCUCUUUCGAGCGCCUUGUUAUUAAUUAAUUUCUAAAAUCAUACGAGUCAUUUUAUUUCUGAUAUUCUAAGCUAGUAUUUGUGCCUAUUCUGAUUCAUUGCAAUUGCUAUUAUAUUAUAAAAUGAUUUUUGAAUAUAAUUUCAUACAAAAUUUGGGACGAAUGCAUAUUAUUAAUUAAGCGAGCUAUAUUAAAUGUUAUGUCCAUGUUGUGUUAGCAAAUUCCAAAAUCUCUUAAAAAAGGGUUGAAAUUACUUAAAUAAAUCUUUAAUCAAGUCUAGGAACAAGUUUUUAAUGUAUUCUUGAUUUUUGGACAGUAACAGUGCGGCUAAUAACAGCACAGGGACGUAUUCACCAGUUUCGUAGUUAGGAUAGAUGAGAGUAUCGAUGGUAGAAAUAUAAGAGAAAUCUAGUUUUGAAGCCCAGAUCCAGUGGUCCGCUCUUACAGAAACGCUCUCUUAAAACUCUAUUUAAAGUAACUGCAGUGUGGCCAGUGUUUAAUAUAACGUUUUAACAAUGAAAUGUUUCAUGUAUUUGCUUUCAUUUGUUCUUUGAUUUGUUGUUUCUUUGACUAUUGAUAUAUAAUAAAACGCUUAUUUACUGAGACCUCGGGAAAGCAGUGUGUUUUGUGGACCCUCGACCAUCGACGGUCUCGGAUCCACAAAACACACUGUUUCCCUCGGUCUCAGUAAAUAAGUGAUAAAUAUCCAAACAAUACUUGGAUAUAUCAAAUAAAGUGUCAAUCAAAUGGUUGUUAUCAUAAACGAAACAACUAUUAAAACUGUAGAGUAACUUAAUAGGAUAUAUAUAUAUAUAUAUAUAUAUAUAUAUAUAUAUAUAUAUAUAUAUAUAUAUAUAUAUAUAUAUAUAUAUAUAUAUAUAUAUAUAUAUAUAUAUAUAUAAAAAAAAAAUAACUAUGAAUUGCAUCAUAUCAUCAUUGCAUCGCUUCAUUAAAUUAAACCAAAAGAAAACCACAAUCCCUAAAACAUAAAAUGGAAAUAAAAGUUUAAAAAAGGUAUUAAGCUAAGAAAUCAAGGUUGCAUGGCCUUACGACACCGCAUGACAAUUUUUGCUUUAUUGUUCGCAUCAUCAGUAUUACAGUUUUCUUUGUUAUUCAGAUUAGAUCCCAGACUACUAAUUUCUGUCAGUUUUUUUUGUAAUUUCUACACAUUCUAUCUGUAAUGUUUAAACAUUUCCUUCCGCAAACAAGAUCCUAUGAAGGAAAUAUCAUGUUCUCAACCAUCUCCACAACAUGUCAUUGUAGCAAUGUUGUUGGCUUUGUCGGUUAUUUUGGGUAACGUUGACUGAUGUUGGAAGCUUCAUGUUGGGUCAUAUUUGACUUUCUUUAUUUCAAAUUUUCAUCCAACACGGUGUAACAUCGUCCAACAUAGUUUUACCAACAACAUUGAACGGUGAACGGAUCUUACCUCUCCCAAACAAAAUGAGCAUAUCUCAGUGCCGUAGCCAGCUCGAUAAUUGGGGGGUGGGGCAAAUAUUCAUAUAUUCGUGUUCACAGACCAUAAAAACAAUCGAUUUCAAAAGAAAUUAAUAACGCAGAGCACGAAUAUAUGAAUAUUUCCCCCCCCCCCCCCCCAAUUAUCGAGCUGGCUACGGCACUGGCAUAUAUCUUUGAGCUCUGAAUAUUAUCAUUUUCAUUUCAGACAAACCGACAACCAAUGGUCAAGCAAGUUUCUCAACAUCGCAGUCAUUGAAACUUGUUACAUUGGUACUCUUGACUGCAGUUGCAAGUUUUUGAUUCACAACUGGCACAAGGCUUCAACGUUUCACGACGCGUGA